GCCCGGUCUGAUGGCGCAGCCGGCGAGGGGUGGUGCUGAAGCGGCGAGGAGGCACUGAGGAGCCGAGGCCGGAGCUGCGGGUGGAGGGAGAGCUCCGGAGGCGGCUUCGGUGAGGAAACAGUUCCUCAGGCCUCGGUGGCUGCCUGACUAGGGGCGGGAGGAAACUUCCCUCCCUCUGUCUCGGGCCCGCCCCGGUGGCUGCGCUGAGUGGGCGGCAGAGCUCGUCAUCUGGGAGGCGACUUCCGCUCAGACCUUUGCUGUGGGAGAGAAGGCGGCAACAUGGCGGAGUCGGGGCCGACUGCGCUCCGCGAGAAAAUGAGCCAUAAGCAGUACAAGGCUUUCCUGAGGAAGGAGAGACGCAGGAAACGGCGGCAGGAGCUUGCUCGAUUGAGAGAUGCAGAAUUGUCACAGAAAGAGGAGGAAGAAGAUGCUUUUGCUGAAGAAAAACGAUUGGAAGAAGAAAGACUGAUGGAGGAAGAGAGGCAAAGAUUACAUGAAGAAUGGUUACUGAGGGAAGAGAAGGCACAAGAAGAAUUCAGGGCAAAGAAGAGGAAAGAAGAGGCAGCUCGAAAACGGAAGGAAGAACAAGAGAGAAAGUUAAAGGCAGAAUGGGAAGAGCAGCAGAGGAAAGAGCGAGAGGAAGAGGAGCAGAGACAACAGGAGAAGAGAGAAAGAGAGGAAGCUGUGCAGAAGAUGCUGGAUCAGGCUGAAAAUGAGUUGGAAAAUGGUGGCACCUGGCAGAACCCAGAACCGCCCACGGAUUUAAGAGUACUGGAGAAAGAUCGAGCCAAUUGUCCAUUCUACAGUAAGACGGGAGCUUGCAGAUUUGGCGAUAGGUGUUCACGUAAACACAACUUCCCCACAUCAAGUCCCACCUUGCUUAUUAAGAGCAUGUUUACAACAUUUGGAAUGGAGCAGUGCAGGAGGGAUGACUAUGACCCUGAUUCAAGCCUGGAAUACAGUGAAGAAGAGACCUACCAGCAGUUCCUAGACUUCUAUCACGAUGUCCUACCAGAGUUCAAGAACGUGGGAAAAGUGAUUCAGUUUAAGGUCAGCUGCAACUUGGAACCUCAUCUGAGGGGCAAUGUGUAUGUUCAGUACCAAUCGGAAGAAGAUUGUCAAGCAGCUUUUUCUCUUUUUAAUGGACGAUGGUAUGCAGGACGACAGCUUCAGUGCGAAUUCUGCCCAGUGACCCGGUGGAAAAUGGCAAUUUGUGGCUUAUUUGAAGUACAGCAGUGUCCAAGAGGAAAACACUGCAACUUUCUUCACGUGUUCAGAAAUCCCAACAAUGAAUUUAGGGAAGCUAAUAGAGACAUCUACCUGUCUCCAGAUUGGCCUAGCUCCUCCUUCGGUAAGAAUUUAGAGAGGAGGGAAAGGGCCAGCCACUACGAUGAAUACUAUGGCAGGUCAAGAAGACGAAGGAGCCCGAGUCCAGACCUCUCCUACAAGAGGAACGGUGAGUCUGACAGGAAGAGCAGUGGUAAUCACAGGGGGAAGAAGUCUCACAAACACGUGACAAAAAGUCGGGAGAGGCGCAGUUCCCUGAACAGAGGACGAAGAAGGGAUCACAGUCCAGGACCCUGGAGCCAGAGCCGCAGGAGCCGCAGGAGCCGGAGUCGGAGCCGAAGCCGAAGCCGGAGCCGAAGCCGAAGCCAGAGCCGAAGUCGGAGCCGGAGCUCAUCAAGGUCCAGGAGUCAGAGCAGGAGGAAGUCAGGUAGUAGAGACAAAAACACUCAGAGUCCCAAAUCUAAAUAAACUUGGUUGUUUUUAAAUAUCAGUCUGUCUUUUUAUGGCAGCUACUCACCUGUAUAGUUUGACAAGGCUAGUCAAACACUAUCAUGUAAACCAUCCUUUUUGAUAAAUUAUAUAUAUAAUAACAUGAAAUUACUUGUAAUGCUAACUUUGAGAGCAUCCAUUAAUACUGGAGUAAUGCUUUAGCAUUUUUUUGUUUUCUGUAUUUCUCUCUCUGAAGUACAGAGGUCAGAGGUCAAUUUUCAGGGGUCAGUUACAUAGUGAGAUCCAGGGAUUGAACUGCAAUCAUGAGGCUUUCAUACCAAGUAUCUUUACCCUCUGAGCCAUCUUUAUUCCUUUUUUUUUUUUCUUUUUUUUUUUUGGUUUUUCCGAGACAGGUUUUCUCUGUGUAGCUUUGUGCCUUUCCUGGAACUCGCUUUGUAGUCCAGGCUGGCCUGGAACUCAGAGAGAUCCACCUGCCUCUGCCUCCCGAGUGCUGGGAUUAAAGGCGUGCGCCACCACCACCCGGCCCACCUUUAUUCUUGUUAAGUGUCCAUACCCUUUAUUUUUGCUUUAUGCAUAUGGGUAUUUUGCCUGCAUGUAUUUGUGUGCACCACUUGUAUGCCUAGUGCCCAUGGAGACCAGAAGACAGCUUCAGGUCCCCUGGACUG